CUAACCUCUCUGACUGACGGACGGACGGACGUGUUUGAUUAUGGCAGUAUGAACUGGGGCUAUUGAACUAUUGUACUAUUAUAAAGCACUAUUUAAUCACAGUGCAAACAUCUUAACUGGGAGGUGUGUAAACAGCACGCUGGACUACACCAGCCUCACACCGGCUGGCUGAUUGCAAAACUCCAGCAUAUCCUCCUCGGGGCAUGUGGUGUGCUUUAGUGGGUGUGACUGGUGACAGAUGAUUGGGAGUUUUGCUGAAUUGACAGCACAUAACUGAGGGCAGGUUUUACGAACAGGUCCGCCAAGAGCUCCUACUCUUAGUUACAUGAGUAGAAAGAAACUGUCUGAGGAGGUGAAGUCUGUAUGAGGAGAAGAAGGAGAAGGUGUUGGGCUCUGCGGUGAAACUUCUUCUAAGACAAUGAUGAUAACGAUGAUGAUGAUGAGGAUGAUGAUGAUGCCACUUGCAAUGAGCAGAUAGCCUCUGUGGAAUGCUGUUAUACGGGUUUUUGAGUGACACUAUUUGAAGCACCCUGUAAAAAGAAAGAACAGCAGGAUUUUGGAGAUGUCGAACAGUCGAGAGCAGAUGAGUCCUGCUGAGGUGUCCAGCCAGUCCAAGGCGUCAGCAGCAGCUAAACUGAAGUAUGUGUCUCUGGGGGUUCUGGUGCUCCAGACCACCUCUCUGGUGCUGACCAUGCGCUACUCUCGGACGCUGCAGGAAGAGGGUCCGCGAUACCUGGCCUCUACCGCUGUGGUGUUCACUGAGGUCAUCAAAAUCAUUGCCUGUGUCAUUCUGGUCUUCAGAGACCACAACUGCAGCAUGCGAGGCCUGAAUCAGGUCCUGAAGGAGGAGAUUGUGAACAAGCCCUUGGAGACCCUGAAGCUGGCCAUCCCAUCAGGCAUCUACACUCUCCAGAACAAUCUGCUGUAUGUGGCUCUGUCCAACCUGGAUGCUGCGACCUACCAGGUCACAUAUCAGUUGAAGAUCCUGACCACAGCCCUGUUUUCCGUGUCUAUGCUUGGAAAGAGACUUGGCGUUUACCAGUGGCUGUCUUUAGUCAUUCUAAUGAUGGGCGUAGCUCUUGUGCAGUGGCCUUCAGAUCCUCAGAAGAGUCCUGAGGAGAAGGGCAUGGAGCAGGAGAUGCCCACAGGCUCUCAGUUUGUAGGACUGCUGGCCGUGCUGGUGGCCUGCUUCUCCAGUGGCUUUGCCGGCGUCUACUUCGAGAAGAUCCUUAAAGAGACCAAACAGAGCGUCUGGAUCCGCAACAUCCAGCUAGGUUUGUUUGGGCUGGUAUUCGGAGUAAUGGGAAUGUUAGCGUACGAUGGGAAGAGGAUCAAGGAGAAUGGAAUUUUCCAAGGCUACAACAAAGUGACCUAUGCUGUGGUGCUUCUACAGGCUUUGGGUGGGUUGGUGAUUGCAGCAGUCAUCAAGUACGCUGACAACAUCCUGAAAGGAUUCGCCACGUCUCUCUCCAUCAUUUUUUCCACCUUCAUCUCCUACUUCUGGCUGGCAGACUUUGUCCCUACCAGCUUGUUCUUCUUGGGGGCAGUGCUGGUCAUCACCGCCACUUUUCUUUACGGGUACGAAGGCAAACCGGUCACCAGCUCCAGUAAAGUAUAGAGGACGGCAUGAACAUAAGAGCGCAGUCAUGGACCUGCCUGCUGGGCCUCUGAGUCCCUGACCUUGCCCACGACCCCGGAAUACACAGGACGGGCCACGGGCAGAACGUGAAGAUAUGACUGUCAGGAGCAGCUUGAGAAGAAUGAAAGAGCAGAAUGGAGGAGAGCGUGAAGAGGAGCUUACUCAGGCCUGUGUCAGCAAAGUCUCUCUGGAUUUAUUGCAUGAAUGAGCGAGACACUGGGGCGGUCAUUUAGAGUGAUGUGGGUUUUUUUUCUCUUUAAGUUAUGGUUUUUAAGAAAGACUGAAUGGGAAUUACGGUUGCGGUUAAGUAAAAAGUUUUUUUUUAAUUAAAGUUAAAUUUUUUUUAAAAAUAAAUAUAUUUAUAAUUUUUUCAGCAACUCGGUUCCGAUACAACAGCUCACAGACGCAGCCUUGUGCUGAUCCACAUCACCCUCGAAGUGAUGAGGGGAAAGAGUGAGCGCCAUCUGCUGUACCAACCGAGAGAGAGCAAGACCUAUUGUGUGCUCUCAGGGCUCCGGCAGCUGAUGGCAAGCUGCAUGACUGGGAUUCGAAUCAGCGAUCUCCCGAUCAUAGUGGCAGCCCAGGACGCUGAUUUUCUAAUGUGUGCUUCUUUAGUUUACCAUAGAAGAUGCUAGGCUAAUGUUGCUAAAAACACUAAACUUGGAUUUGUCACCGAUGUCAUCUUUUUAAGUACAAAAACAUACAAUUUUUAUUUAUUUACUUUCAUGCUAACAUGCUAACAAAAAGAGAAGUUUUGCUGUGUGGUAGCAAUGCUAACAGUGUGAUAGCAAUAAUAACAUCUCAUUAGCGGUGAUAACAGUGUGUUAGCCACGCUAACAGUGUGAUAACAGUGUGGUAGUGUUGCUAAUGGUGUGCUAGCAAUUAUAAUAGUGUGGUAGCAAUGCUAGUGGUCUGAUAGCAAUAAUUACAUCUCAUUAGUGAAGAUAUAAGUGUGGUAAUGUUGCUAAUGGUGUGCUAGCAACAAUAACAGUGUGCUAGCAAUAAUUUCAUCUCAUUAGCGAUGCUAACAGUGAUGCUAAAGGUGUGGUAGCCAUGCUUACAGUGUGGUAGUGAUGCUAAAGGUGUGGUAGCCAUGCUAAAUGUGUGGUAGUGAGGCUAACAUUGUGAGCACCUACACUAAAUAAAAGAUUAAAAAAGUCAAAAAGUGUUUUGUUGCAAACAAAUAAAGAUCUGAGGGUUUUAAGGAAAUGCUAUUAGCCUAGCUCCCCCUGUUGUGAACUAAAGAAGCACACAUCAGAUACCAAAUAUGUCUUAAGUGAUUGAUAGUAUCUGGGGUCAAUAAUCAAUUACGUUACUUUUAUUUUUUUGCUAAAAAUUCCUUAAAGGAACACUAUCAGUGUUAUCUAUGUUUUGUAUCAUCUGUCUGGACAACUUUUAUUUUUUACAGUUUACUGUUACAAUAUUUUACACUUGACAAAUGCACUGGCCACUUUAUCAGAAACCUUUACCCUGUGGAUGUUUCUAAUAAAGUGGCCAGUGAGCGGAGGUGCAAGGUAGUAGGUGUUUACAAUAAAGUGGCCAGUGAGCGGAGGUGCAAGGUAGUAGGUGUUUACAAUAAAGUGGCCAUUGACUGAAAGCACAAAGUAUGUGUUUCCAAUAAAGUGGCCAGGAAGCAUAUAUAGUAGGUUUUUACAAUAAAAUAAAGUGGCCAGUCAGUGGAAGAGCAAGGUACUGGGCGUUCUAAUUAAGUGGGCAGUUGGUGGAAGUAAAAAUGUAGGGUGUUUCCAAUAAAGUGGCCAAAAAAAAAAGAAUACUUUUUACAGCAAAGUACCAAAGCAUUCACACUCCCUCUGGUGGUGCACACAAAAAACUGCUCAAGUCAAAAGCCAGAGAUGCUCAGUGCUCUUUUUAUUAGAAGCUCAGAGGGGGAAAAGUGAACAAUCAGAGCUCACUGGUCUUAACUCGGGCAUUCAAAAGAAAAAAAAACAUAUUUCACAUCACAGUCUGUUUUAAUUCAUUUUUUUUUUUUUUU